AUGGACAAGGUCGCCGCCGGGUUGGAAAUCGCUUGCUACUAUGGACCUGAGAGCCAUGUUCUAGUCGGCACGAGCGCUGCGAUUGAAAAUGUCGAACAGCUUCCGGCUGAUAGCAAUGGGCAGUUUGGGAAGAUUGAGUAUAAAGGGCUGUCGGUGGCGCAUGGCUUCUCCUCGCAAUUCAAUGAGGCUCUGCUCUCCAAACUAUACACUUGCAGGAUUUCUCGGAUGCGAUCAACCGCCUAUCAGACAGUCUUAGACCAUGUGUCUGGCUUGAAGCUCGUUCUGGAUCAUCAGUAA